CUUUUUCUGAAAUUUGCUCUUCUUGUUCUUGAAAGUGAAAAAAGAGAAGACUAAUUAUAAUGGCUCAGUGCAUUAUAAGCUUUCUUUAUGUUCUUGCUCUUGUUGCCUUUGCUCCUCUUUGUUCUUGCGCCAAAAGUUAUUCUAGAGGUUAUCUCUACCCACAAUUUUAUGACCAUUCAUGCCCAAAUGCUCAACAGAUUGUCAAAUCCGUUGUAGCUAAGGCUGUUGCUGAAGAAGCUCGCAUGGCAGCCUCAUUACUUAGGCUUCAUUUUCAUGACUGUUUUGUCAAGGGUUGUGAUGCAUCAAUAUUGUUAGACAACAGUGGAAGCAUAAUUAGUGAGAAGAGGUCUAAUCCAAACAGAAACUCAGCAAGAGGAUUUGAAGUGAUUGAUGCAAUUAAGUCUGCACUUGAAAAAGAGUGUCCUAAAACUGUAUCUUGUGCUGAUAUUUUGGCCUUGGCUGCUAGAGAUUCCACUGUUCUUACUGGAGGACCCACUUGGGAAGUUCCUUUGGGAAGAAGAGACUCUAAAGGAGCAAGCUUGAGUGGAUCUAACAAUAACAUUCCUGCUCCAAAUAACACAUUUCAAACUAUUCUUACUAAAUUCAAGCUUCAGGGUCUUGAUAUUGUUGAUCUCGUAGCUCUAUCUGGAAGCCACACAAUAGGAAAUGCUAGAUGCACCAGCUUUAGACAGAGGCUGUACAACCAGUCAGGGAAUGGGCAACCUGACUACACACUUGCUCAAUCAUAUGCUGCACAAUUACGCGCCCGCUGCCCUAGAUCUGGAGGUGAUCAAAACCUGUUUUUCUUGGACUUUGUAAGUCCAACAAAGUUUGAUAAUAGUUACUUCAAGAACUUAUUGGCUUCAAAAGGCCUUCUAAGUUCUGAUCAAGUUCUCCUCACAAAGAAUGAAGCAUCCAUGGCACUUGUUAAGAAAUAUGCAGAGAACAAUGAGCUUUUCUUUGAGCAGUUUGCCAAGUCAAUGAUUAAGAUGGGUAAUAUUUCUCCAUUGACAGGUUCAAGGGGAGAAGUUAGAAAGAAUUGCAGGAGAAGGAGAAGUUAGAAAGAAUUGCAGGAGAAUUAAUUAUUAACUGGCUUGGUUUCAGAUUGGAAUCGUGUUUGAUUUCAUAUUGAUGUAUUCUGGUUUUCUAUGCUUGUUAUAAAGAAAAAAUUUCUGUUUCUCUAUUUUGCUGUUGCCACUAUGCAUGCAAAUGUACUCUGCUCUCAAAGUGGUGGAACUCUGCAUCCUUUUCUGCUGUCUGCUAAUAUAAUUUCAGUAAUUAUUUUCACAA